AUGGCCAUCUUCAGCAUCGGUCCCCUGCUCGGUCCCAUCAUCGGCCCCGUUGCCGGAGGUUUCCUUGCCGACGCCGAGGGCUGGCGCUGGAUCUUCUGGGUCCUCGCCAUUGCCAUCGCCGUGCUCGCCAUCGGCAUGGCCAUCUUUAUGCGCGAGACCUAUGCCCCCGUCCUUCUCGAGCGCAAGGCGGCCCGCCUCCGCAAGGAAACUGGCAACCCUCUGCUCCGCUCCAAGCUCGACACCGGCCUCUCCCCGCGCGACCUCUUUGUCCACAGCAUCGUCCGCCCUUGCAAGCUCCUCAUGUUCGACCCCAUCUCCAUCAUCUUCGCCCUCUACCUCGGUGUUGUCUACGGCUACCUCUACCUCAUGUUCACCUCCAUCACCCAGGUCUUCACCCUCUCCUACGGCUUCUCCGCCUCCAACGUCGGCCUCGUCUUCCUCGGCCUCGGCGUGGGUUCCAUGAUUGGCGUCGUCUUCUUCUCCGUCACCUCGGAUCGCUACAUCAAAAAACGCGCGGCGGAGGCCGAGGUCAAGGCCGCCGAGACCGGUAUUCCCUCCGAGGGCAUGAAGCCCGACCACGUCUUCAUCGGCAUCGCCAUCCUCAUCAUCAUGCUUUCCCUGCAAAUGUACCUCGUCGACGCCUACACCAUCUACGCCGCCUCCGCCCUCGCCGCCAACACCGUCGUCAGGUCUACCGCCGGCGCCGUGCUACCGCUCGCCGGCCUCGAAAUGUACGAGAAGCUCGGCAUCGGCUGGGGCAACAGCUUGCUCGGCUUCGUCUCUCUUGCUCUCGUCCCCGUACCCUUCUUGAUCAAGAAGUACGGCGAGACGCUGAGGAAGAAGUACCAGCCCAAGCUUUAA